GCCGGGAGCCCGGGAAGGAUGAUGAUGAUGUCCCUGAACAGCAAGCAGGCUUUCGGCAUGCCUCACGGCGGCAGCCUGCACGUCGAGCCCAAGUACUCGGCCCUGCACACGGCUUCGCCCUGCACCUCGGCCCCGGCCGCCCCCUCGUCCAGCUCCCCCAGCAGCAGCAGCAGCCCCGGGGGCGGCGGAGCAGGAGCGGGAGGAGCAGGAGGAGGGAGCGCCGGGGUCCGUAGCAGCAGCAGCAGCGGCGGCGGCAGCUCCUCCAGCAGCGGCGGCCCGGAGGCGAUGAGACGAGCCUGUCUUCCCACCCCUCCGAGCAACAUAUUCGGCGGCCUGGACGAGAGCCUGCUGGCCCGCGCCGAGGCCCUGGCGGCGGUGGACAUCGUGUCGCAGGCCAAGAGCCACCACCACCAUCACCACCCGCCCCACCACAGCCCCUUCAAGCCGGACGCCACCUACCACACGAUGAACACCAUCCCCUGCACCUCGGCGGCCUCGUCGUCGUCGGUGCCCAUCUCCCACCCGGCCGCCCUGGCGGGCACCCACCACCACCACCAUCACCACCACCACCAUCACCACCAGCCCCACCAGGCGCUGGAGGGCGAGCUCUUGGACCACCUGCCCCCCGGGCUGGCCCUGGGGGCCAUGGCCGGGCCCGACGGCUCGGUGGUGUCCACUCCGGCCCACGGGCCGCACCUGGGGGGCAUGAACCCCAUGCACCAGGCCGCCCUGGGCAUGGCCCACGCCCACGGGCUGCCCUCGCACAUGGGCUGCAUGAGCGACGUGGACGCCGACCCCCGGGACCUGGAGGCCUUCGCCGAGCGCUUCAAGCAGCGGCGCAUCAAGCUGGGGGUGACCCAGGCCGACGUGGGCUCGGCCCUGGCCAACCUGAAGAUCCCCGGCGUGGGCUCGCUCAGCCAGAGCACCAUCUGCCGCUUCGAGUCCCUGACCCUCAGCCACAACAACAUGAUCGCCCUCAAGCCCAUCCUGCAGGCCUGGCUGGAGGAGGCCGAGAAGUCCCACCGGGAGAAGCUGACCAAGCCCGAGCUCUUCAGCGGCGCCGAGAAGAAGCGCAAACGCACCAGCAUCGCGGCGCCGGAGAAGCGCUCCCUCGAGGCCUACUUCGCCAUCCAGCCGCGCCCCUCCUCCGAGAAGAUCGCCGCCAUCGCCGAGAAGCUCGACCUCAAGAAGAACGUCGUCAGGGUUUGGUUCUGCAACCAGAGGCAGAAGCAGAAGAGGAUGAAGUACUCCGCCGGCAUCUAGGACUCGCUCGCCCUCUCU